UUAUUUAUUAUCAUUGAAUCUAUUUUUGGAAGCCUUAUUUAAUUCUAUUCAACUUAUGAAAAAGGAUAGUAGGGAUUGUAUCCAUAUUUUCUAAAUUUGCUGCCUUUUUACUUGUUUUUUUGGGAUGUUGGAACCUCAAUGGUGCACUUUGCAUGAUGGUUUACCUUGUCAAUCUUGGCUUGGGAGACCAUAUGUCCAAUAAAAUUGUAGAUUCUCCUUCUAUAUAAUUUCCCUUUGAGGGUGAAUAUGUUUGGAGUGGCAAUUAAGUUUAAAUUCUCUACCAAAGAACCACACACCCCUUUUCAAGGGGGAAAAAGAGCACUCAUUUUCUUUACUGAUUUUCACGAGUGAGAGAAAUAAUGAUAUAUAUGCAAUGGGUUGCCGUUCCUGUAAAUGCUGAGGCCAAUCAUCAUCAUCAUCCUUGCCUUAAUCCCAUAUGAAUGGAAUCAGCCACAUGAAUUCUCUUUCUCCAAGCCUUUCUAUUAUGUGUAAUUCCACCUACUAUAUUUAGUUUUUUAACAUCAUUAUUAAUAACCUCAUCACAUGUUAGUUUUGGUCGCUCUCUUCGUCUCUUACCUUCUAUGACAACUAGUCUUCCUAGUUUGAUCGGUGCUGCGUCUUUAGGUCUCCGAUGUAAGUGUCCAAACCAUCUAAGUCUACUCUCUCUAAUUUUCUCCCUAAUGGGAGCCACCCCUAUUUUUUCUCUCACACUUUCAUGAGUGAUCCUAUCUCUCCUAGUCACGCCACUCAUCCGUCUUAACAUUUUCAUUUCCGCUACAUAAAGUCGUCGUUCUUGUUUAUUUCUUAGGGCCCAACACUCUGCUCCAUAUAACAUAGUUAAUCUAAUAACGGUCCUAUACAAUUUUCCUUUUAAUCUACGUGUUAUUCUUUUAUCACAUAAAGUCCCAUUAGCUUGUCUCCACUUGGUCCAUUUCUCUGUCCUUCUGUAUUAUCGAUCCUAGAUAGCGAAAGUAGUUGAUGUGAGUAAUCUUUUGCUUUUGAAGUGUUAUCAUUAUAUUGAAAAUAUCUGAAUCUCUAUUGAAUUUGCACUCCAUGUACUCGAUUUUUAGUUCAACUGAUUCUCAAUCGUUUUAUUCUAAUAUAUUUCUCCAUAUUUCUAGUUUUAUUGCCAAGUUCUCUUUAGAUGUGUCUAGGAGCACUAUAUCAUCUACAAACAUCAUGCACCAUGGAAUCUCGUUUUGGAAGUCUUUUGUAAUUUCGUCUAAGAUUAUUGCAAAUAGAUAUGGGCUUAGCACUGACCCUUGUUACAAUCCUACAUUUAUGGAGAACUCACUAGUUUCACCACAUGUGGUACGGACUGUUAACCUUAAGGAUUCCAUCCAAGGACAAUCUAGGUGUUUUGAUGAUAACAAACCAUUAAUGGUGUUUAAGGACUAAUGUUUACAUUGAGUGUUAUAUAGAUUAUUCACAUUCAAAGAAUGACCUCAAUGAAGCACUAAAGAUCAUUUCAAGUAUUCCAUUAUUCAAGAUCACAUCAAGGAAAGAAAUUGAUACAAAGAAGAGUUGAAGUUGCAAGGAAAGAUAGUUUGGACUACAACGAGGAAGAAAGCAACUCAAAGAAAGGAUGAAAGCAAGGAUACCUCAAAGCUUAAAGAUCAUGGACAAAGCUUGAAGAAAGGGGUAGAUAGGAUGGUGAGUGUUUAGGAUUCAAUGUCAAAGUAUUUAUGAAUCCAUUUGAGGCUCAUUUCUAUAGGACCAUGCAUAUCACAUCAUCAUUCAUAUGUUCCUAUAUCCAUUAGCAAUAAACUAUGCACUUCAUAUAUAUAUAUUUGCACAUGAAGUCAUUGCUAAAGAAUGAGUUAGUUCAAGCUUGCUUAAGCUUUGAAAGAACUCAUCACUUGUGCUAGAAAUGUUAAAACCAUGCACAUCAAUCAUAUAAUUCAUAUUAGUCAACUAUUAAGGCAUGAGAAGCCUUCAUUAUCAUGAGUUGGUAAAGGACAUUAGGACCCCUGAAUGCGCGUCAUGAAAAACUUAUGUUUUUGGCUAAGUAUGAAAAAUGGCUAAGUGUGAAAAAUAGAUUUUUGAAAUAAUGAUUAUUUCAAAAUAAUUUUUCCCAGUAAUAACUCAUUAUACUUCAAAUAGCCUAAACUGAUUUUAUCAGAAUUUUUGACCAAGUUUACAUUGGUCUACAUAUGGAUUCAUUUUUACCAAAACUGUCGGAAAUCCAAAUUUGUACAAAGACUGAAUUUCUACAUUUUGAUUUAGUUGGAUUUUAAUUUUCUUAUAUUUUUUAUUGAAUCCAAAUGGAGAGUACUUCCUUAUUUACAUUGUAAACUUAAAGUAAAUGGACAUAUAAAUACUGUAAAGACAUUUACUUAAAUGUUUAGAAAAACUGUCAUCUGUUAUCCUUGAACAGUUUUUUGAAAUAACAGUUUUUCUGGAGCAGUUCAUUUCGGCCGACCGAAAUGAAUAUGCAAUAGAUACCGGUCGACCGGUAUCUCAUGGAAUUUGUGCAGUAGUCAUGCUAAGUCGAAACUCACAACCGGCAGACCGAAAUGGGGGCAUUCGGCAAACCUGAUUCAUUUCAGUUGACAAAUGAAAAUACAAAUUCAAAUCAUGCGGCUUCUUUGUCUUGAGCCUUGUGUGCUCCACUCACAGCAGCUAAAAUUGACCUUGCUUGAUCUGCAUAUCAAGAAAGAUUCUUCUAAAUAUUUGAGGAGACUUUAGGGAAGAAUAUUGAUGCUACAAAUUCAAAAUUUAGACAGCUAUUUCUUUCUUGACCUUUGUGAACUCCAACAGCUACAUUUGACCUUGCCUUAUCUAUAAAUCAAGGAAUUCAAUACGGGAUAUGAGAGAGGAAUAUUGAAAAAGAAAACAGAGCUAUUAUUCUUCAUUUUUCAUCAUGUACAUCAUAUUCAUCAUUAGAGAGUUUUGAGCUUCAUUGUAUUCAUAUAUACACUCUAGAGUGAGCUUAAACUUUGUACUACAAAUCUGUGAGAGAUUAUCUUGUUCUGAAAAUCUGAUAUUCAAAUCUGUUGUAAAGCCUAAGACUCUUAGCAAAGGAUGAAGAAGCUAGUUGGCUUCAAAUUUGUAAGGGUUGGUGUGACCCAAAGGAAGACUAGGGAAGGUUGUUCCCUUAGCAAGGUGAAGCAAGGAGUUGCUUCAUGUAAAGGUUUGUUCUCCACCCGUAAGGAGGUGCCAUAGUGGAUUGGGAAGUUUCAAGAGGGGUCUUGAGCCGAGGAGUAGGAGUUUCCGAACCUUGCUAAAAUCGCCGUGUGAAUGUUUGCAAUCUCUUCCGUUAUCUCCUUUACAUUUAUGCCAUUGAUUGCUUAAGUUUCUGUUUUAGCUAUAAUAUCAAAGUAAAGCAUGAAGCUAUAAACUGUUUAAAGUUCUGAAUUGAUCAUUGCAUGAAUGCAUAAGGAACUGAUUUGAACUUACUCAUCAAUUGAAAGGUGUUGAGUAGAUAUUGCAAUUGCCCCCCCCCCCCUCAGAGUCAAUACUUGGGCAACACGGACUUCAGUUUUUGUGUUCACUAGGUGUAUUUUCUUGUUACAGUAAACUUCGUUUUGUUACAAUAAAAAUUAUGUCACAUGGUUUUUCUAAACACAGACUUAGAUAUUAGAUUUAAGUGAUCCCUGGUUCUUAUCAUUAUGCGUAGUAUAAAUCACUAUUUUUUACUACUUUGAACCUGUAUAUUGGGCCCUUUUUUUUUACAUUGUCUUUUGUUUUGAUUAUCCAUUAUGUUUGUUUGAUUUUGGGCAUCAGAUUUAAUAUUCAUCUUUCCAGUGCUUGAAUAUUUUGGCGAGAUUUAAAUUUAGGUUGAUGUCCAGAGACUGUUGUUUUUCAUCUGGGGUUUCAGUUGCUGCAAGAUUGGAUGGGAUUCAGUUAUGAGAAUGAGGCAUUUUUGUAUCAUAAUCCUCUUCUUCUUGCGGUGCUCUCAGAUUUGGAACGGUCAGUAUGUCGAAUGGUUCAUCAACAGGGACGACAUCUGGUGCAGGGAUUGCUCCCUUGCUAGCACCUUCCCUAGACUUGUUAGGAUUGCUUCUAAUCGACAUGCCUUGGUGGACGACUGCUAUCAUCUUGACAGUGGAAGAAUGGUGUGGGAUGUUCGCUUCUUGAGGCCGUUUAAGGAUUUGGAGAUGGAGGAUGCUAUUGAUUUUUUUGGAUUUGUUAUAUUGACAGGAGAUAGUGGAGGAGAUUCUGACCUCUGCAUUUGGAUUCCAUCUUCACAUGGGCGCUUUGAUGUUCCGUCAUUUUGUCGUUGUUUGUGGAUGCUCCUACACUGUCAUUUCCAUGGAGGGCCGUUUGGCGAACAAAGCGCCUGUCAAAGUAGCUUUUUUUGCAUGGACAUCCGUUUUGGGAAAGAGCUUGACCCAGGACAACCUUUAGAGAAGAAGACAUUGUGGUGAAUUGGUGUUUUAUGUGCAAAAAUGACGAUGAAACGGUUGAUCAUCUUCUUUUACAUUACCCAGUGGCCCGUGAUUGCUGGCUUUUGUUUUUGGGUUUGUUUGGGAUUCAUUGGGUUAUGCCUCGGUUUACCAGAGGUUUGGAGAGGGUGUAUAGUGGGGCUCAAGCUCGUGACUCUUGGAGGGUUACUCCUGUGUGUGUUUGGUGGUGUCUAUGGCUUGAAAGAAAUAGGAGAUCCUUUGAAGGAAAUGAAAAUCAUAUUGGGUCGUUGAAAUUCUCCAUUCUUAGCACCCUUUUUUGUUGGGUUCUCGGAAGAAAUUGUAAAUCCUUGGAUGAGCUUUUAGAGUUUUUGGAUU